UCGAUUACAUGUCAAGAAGCAAACGUAAUGGGAAUUUUAAAGAGCACCAUCAAUGCCCCUCUUAGCUUUGAAUGGAUUGGUCAAGAUAUAUGCAAAUGGAAACAUGUUGUGUGUGAUUCAUCAAAACGUGUGAAAGCUAUUCAGAUUGGGAAUCAAAACCUCCAAGGGACUCUCCCCAAAGAGCUUGCCAUGUUAACGGCAUUGACCCGUUUUGAGUGUCAAGACAAUAAUCUUACAGGGGUAUUCCCUUACCUCUCAAAAUCCUUGCAGAGGUUGGUAAUCCAUGACAACAACUUCAACUUAUUUCCCAGUGAUUUCUUCAAGGGCAUGAGCAGUUUGCAAGAGGUGACAAUUGACAACAACCCCUUCUCUCAAUGGAACAUUCCUGACAGUCUCAAGGACUGUGUCGCACUCCAAACUUUUAGUGCUCAGAGUGCUGGCCUUGCUGGGACAAUCCCAGAUUUUUUUGGCAGAGAUGGUCCCUUUGCAGGUUUGGUUUUCUUAGAUUUGUCUGAUAAUUUUCUAGAAGGUGGAUUGCCUGCAAGCCUUUCAGGUAGUUCAAUAGAGAAUCUUUUGGUGAAUGGACAAAACGGCAACUCUAAACUCAAUGGCACCCUCGAGGUGUUAGGCAAAAUGAAAUCUUUGAAGCAAAUAUGGGCUAAUGGGAAUUCCUUCACUGGUCCUAUACCAGAUUUGUCACACCAUGAUCAACUUUAUGAUGUUAACUUGAGGGAUAAUCAAUUGACUGGUGUUGUUCCACCCUCUUUAGUUGCUUUACCAAGUUUGAAGUCUGUGAACUUAACAAAUAACCUUCUUCAAGGAUCCCCUCCUAGGUUCAAAGAUGGUGUAGCAGUGGACAACAACAUGGAUAAGGGGAGAAAUCAGUAUUGCACAGACGUGGUGGGGCAAUCGUGUAGUCCCCUUGUAAAUGCUUUACUAUCUAUUGUACAACCUUUGGGGUAUCCUUUAAAUUUUGCUCAAAGUUGGCAGGGUAAUGAUCCGUGUGCAAAUGGAUGGACAGGUGUAAUCUGUUCUGGGGGAAAUGUUUCGGUCAUCAACUUUCAAAACAUGGGUUUGUCUGGCACUAUCUGUCCAUGUUUUGCUGCUCUUACUUCGGUGACAAAAGUACUUCUUGCUAACAAUAAUCUCACAGGUACUAUACCAAAUGAACUUGCUAGUUUGCCUCAUUUACAAGAGUUAGAUGUUUCCAACAAUCAUAUAUACGGCAAAGUGCCAUCAUUUCGUGAAGGUGUGGAUGUUAAAUAUGAAGGGAAUCCUGACAUUGGAAAGAAUGAACAAACUAAUCCAGGUCAUGUAGGUAAGGUAAACAACAAUAAUACUGCAAUAAUUGUUGGAGUUACGGUAAUGGUUGUUGUUUUACUUGUUGCUGGGGUUUUGAUACUUGUUAUGUUUAGAAGAAAGGCAAAGCGUAAGCUUCAAAACCAAAGCACAAUUGUGGUACCUCCUCGUUAUGGGGAUGGAAGUGUUGCAAAGAUAAUCAGUGGAAAUAUUAGUUCAUUAUUAAGUCCUUCACAGAGUGUUUAUAAAGGAGAAGCAAGUAACAUGUUAAUUCCAAUUCAAAUUUUGAGAGAAGCAACUAACAACUUUAGCGAGGGAAACAUUUUGGGAAAAGGGGGAUUUGGCACAGUAUACAAAGGGGAAUUGCAUGAUGGGACAAAGAUUGCAGUGAAAAGGAUGCAAUCAACAGGAUUUGUAGAUCAAAAAGGGCAGAGUGAGUUCACGUCUGAAAUUGCUGUGCUCACCAGGGUUCGACACAGAAAUUUGGUUGCACUCUUGGGGUUUUGCUUAGAUGGUAGUGAAAGACUUCUUGUGUAUGAAUGCAUGCCUCAAGGUGCUCUUAGUAGACAUUUGGUAAACUGGAAACAAGAGGGGCUAAAACCACUUGAAUGGAAGACAAGACUUGGUAUUGCAUUGGAUGUUGCUAGAGGUGUUGAAUAUCUUCAUGGUUUGGCACAACAGAUUUUUAUUCACAGAGAUCUUAAACCAUCCAACAUUUUGCUUGGAGAUGAUAUGCGAGCCAAAGUAUCAGACUUUGGACUCGUUCGACUUGCUCCUGAAGGGAAAACCUCGUUUCAAACUAGACUGGCUGGAACUUUUGGGUACAUGGCACCAGAAUAUGCAGCUACUGGGCGACUUACAACAAAGGUUGAUGUGUAUAGUUUUGGAGUUAUUCUUAUGGAGAUGAUAACAGGAAGAAAGGCACUUGAUGACAGUCUACCAGAAGAAAACAUCCACCUCGUUACAUGGUUUCGCAAGAUGUUAAUAAAUAAGGAUUCAUUCCGAACAAUCAUUGACCCAACAAUUAAGGUUGAUGAGGAAAUGUUACUGAGUAUUAGCACUGUUGCAGGGUUAGCAGGACAUUGUUGUGCAAGGGAGCCUCACCAACGCCCUGACAUGAGUCAUGUGGUGAAUGUGUUGUCUUCUCUUGUUCAAGUGUGGAAGCCUUCGGAAACAAAUGUUGAUGAAGCAUAUGAAAUUGACUUUGAUAUGACAUUACCAGAAGCACUCCAAAGGUGGAAACAAUUUGAGGGGAAUAGCCACACCAUUGACAUUGAUGUAACUUCUUCAACAAGACAUCUUAACGCAAACAACUCAUACUCAGAUCCAUAA